UUCCUCACCCACGCCCCCUCCCUCUCCCUCUCACACUCUCUCUCAUGACGAUGGCGGCUCUCUCGUCUUUUGCAGCCGUUCAUCAACCUGGCCCACUACAUUUAAGAAAUCAGACGACCACCUCCCUCUUAACGAGAUCAAGCCCCGAAACCAUCACCGUCAUCACCUCCAAAAGGAAUUUUCAACUUUCAAACCGAAGAAGAUGCUUGAUCUCUCCAAAGGCUGUCUAUUCUGGAUUCCAAACUUCACAUCACCCCCUUCGAAGAGGGAUCUGGUCGAUAAGAGAAGACUUGGAACUGCCUUCUUCUCCAUACUUCCCGGUCAAUGCCCAAGGUGGUCAAGGCCCACCUCCAAUGGUACAAGAGCGAUUCCAGAGUGUUAUCAGCCAGCUCUUUCAGCAUCGGAUAAUACGUUGUGGUGGAGCUGUCGAUGAUGAUAUGGCGAACAUUAUCGUCGCUCAGCUUCUGUAUCUGGAUGCUAUUGAUCCAAACAAGGAUAUUGUCAUGUACGUGAACUCUCCAGGAGGAUCAGUGACAGCUGGUAUGGCCAUAUUUGAUACCAUGAAGCAUAUCCGGCCCGACGUUUCCACUGUUUGUGUCGGAUUGGCGGCUAGCAUGGGCGCUUUCCUUCUGAGUGCUGGCACCAAGGGGAAACGAUACAGCUUACCGAACUCUAGGAUAAUGAUUCAUCAACCUCUUGGUGGGGCUCAAGGAGGACAAACUGACAUAGACAUCCAGGCCAAUGAGAUGCUUCACCACAAGGCUAAUCUGAAUGGUUACCUCUCCUACCACACCGGUCAAAGUCUAGACAAGAUCAACCAGGACACAGACCGCGAUUUCUUCAUGAGUGCAAAAGAAGCCAAAGAGUAUGGACUUAUUGAUGGUGUCAUCAUGAAUCCUCUCAAAGCCCUUCAGCCACUGCCAGCAACCGAAAGUUACUCAUUUCCUCUCGAGGAGAGCUCUUCCCCACCUACAAUGAAAUCCUUCUGUAUUGUUCUCUGUCUGCUCACGAUGACCAUCCACGCCGCAUCUCGAGUCAUUACAGACGUUUCCUCCAUCUCCGUCUCUCUCAAAACAGAAGACCCAAUCAUUGGAAUGCAACCCACAAGAGAGCUGAGCUCAACAACGUCGAAACUUCACAAGAAAGGCAGGGAAAUGAAGAUUGCUGGAGGGACGGAAAGAUCUGACAUAAAAGGCCUCAAAGGAGGAGAACUCGAGGACAGCAAUGAAGAAGAAGGGCUCAUCUACAACGUGGAUUACCAUGGAGUGACAACACACCCUUCGCCGUCUCCAAAACAUCCAAAACCAUAGAGCCUGCACUCACUCAAGUAUAGCUUAAGAUCCUCUGAUGUAUUAUUUCUCUCCUCCUUAUGAUAUGUAUUAUUUAAUGAAUUAGUGAAAAAAUAUUAUGAUGUAUUAUUUAAUGAAACUGUUCUGGUUGAAUGUACCUGAAUAUAUUCUGGCUUGACCUUUGCCAUUCUUCUUUUCCUUCUCUGUUAAGG